UCUGUCAAUUGGACUCGAUAAGUUAUUCCGUGUCAACGUUUGAGUGAAAAAUGUGCAAAAAUUAAAAAAAAAAAUAAAAAAAUAUUCCUUAAGAACAAAUAUAUAUAACUUAAGAACAAAUAAAAUAAUACUUAUUUAACAAAAUGAGUAGAGAAAAUAAUGCUUUUGAUAAUCCUGGUUUUAUGUCCUCCAAAGUGGACUUGAUCACAAUCAAUUCGGCGGAAAGUGAAGAAAAUAUUGAAAAAACCUGUGACUCCAUACCCAACAAUGAAUCUCAAACACCACCCAGCCGCGGUCAUUGGGGAAGUGGUGUGGAAUUCUUAAUGUCCUGCAUUGCCCUGUCCGUAGGCUUGGGCAAUGUCUGGCGUUUUCCCUUUAUUGCAUUGGAAAAUGGUGGUGGUGCUUUCCUAAUACCCUACAUAAUAGUAUUAUUUCUGGUGGGUAAACCCAUCUAUUAUUUAGAAAUGAUAUUAGGUCAGUUUUCCAGUCGAGGCGGUGUAAAAGUAUUCGAUUAUGCGCCCAUAAUGAGAGGUAUUGGUUAUGGUCAGGUCAUGUCUACGUUUUUCAUAGCCACCUAUUACGCCUCUCUAAUGGCUUUGACGUUACGUUAUUUAAUUUUAUCAUUUUAUGCGAUAUUACCUUGGAGCUAUUGUCGCGAUGAAUGGGGUGAUCAAUGUAUAGACUCCAGAUUAAAGGGCGAGGAUUCAUUGGAGACGCAAGUGACAACAGAGGCAAUUAAUGGUUCGAUUAAGAAGACAUCAGCGGAGCAUUUCUUUUUCAAAGUAAUUUUACACGAAACACCCGACAUAGACGAUGGCAUUGGUGCCCCCGAUUGGUAUUUGGCUCUCACAUUGGCCUUUUCCUGGGCUGUCAUUGUAUCGAUUGUUAUACGUGGCAUCAAAACUUCCGGAAAAGCCGCCUAUUUCUUAGCUCUAUUUCCAUAUCUUAUUAUGUUGGUGCUGUUAGUGCGCUCCUUAACUUUGCCUGGAGCAUUUGAUGGUGUUUUGUAUUUCCUUAAACCACAAUGGGAUAAAUUACUCGACGCUAGUGUUUGGUAUGCUGCAGUUACUCAAGUAUUCUUCUCGUUAACUGUUUGCUAUGGUAUUAUAGUAAUGUAUUCCUCAUACAAUCGGUUUGAUCACAAUAUUGCCAGGGAUUGCACGAUUGUAACUACUUUGGAUACCUUUACAUCUCUACUCUCGGGUAUUAUUAUCUUUGGCAUUUUGGGUAAUUUGGCUCAUGAAACGGGCACUACGGAUAUUAGAAGUGUAGUGAAGGGUGGACCUGGCUUGGCGUUUAUUUCAUAUCCAGAUGCUAUAGCAAAAUUUACAAUGGUGCCACAAAUUUUUUCCGCCCUAUUCUUUCUCAUGAUGUUUAUUUUGGGUGUCGGCAGUAAUGUGGGCGUCAUUACCAGUGUUAUAACGGUGGUAUGUGAACUCUUUCCCAACAUUAAAAGAUGGCACAUAGUAAUUGGAAUAUGUAUAGCAUCCUAUUGUUUUGGACUGAUGUAUGUAACACCAGGAGGACAAUAUAUGUUAAACUAUAUUGAUUUCUAUGGUGUAACCUUUGUGGCCAUAGUAUUGGGUAUAUUAGAAUUAAUAUCGGCGGGUUGGGUCUAUGGUGUUAAAAAUAUUUGCCGUGAUAUACAGUUUAUGUUGAAUAUCAAAACGUCCCUAUAUUAUAGAUUGUGCUGGAGUAUUAUUACGCCUGCUUUUAUGACAGCGAUUUUAAUUUACACUUUGGUGGAGUAUAAACCUUUGGAUUAUAAUGGUGUUAAAUAUCCCGCAUAUCUUUAUGUUAUAGGUUGGUGUAUCUCAGCCUUUGCCAUUUGCCAACUGUUUGUAUGGGCCUUUAUUGCUACCUACAAGAGACCUGAAGCCAGACUUUGUGAUCGCAUCAAAAAUGCCUUUAAACCUUCUACAUAUUGGGGCCCUAUUGAUCCAUCCACGCUUAAAUUGUAUAACCAGUCAAUAGAUGAAUCAAAUAUUGCUGCAUCUUUAGGAGGUACAAAAACGGGCUUUUGGUAUAAAAUCUAUGACAACAUAUUUAAUUAAAAAUAUAUGUGUACUUGCAUACAUAAUUAUAUUAUUUAAAAACUAUAUUAGUUUAUUUAAAUUCAAAUAUAUUUAUAAGUUUUAUAUAGAUUUAGCAAUAAAUAUUGUAAAAAACAUAGAUUAGAAAAAACGAAAAACUAUUUCCAUAAGUUUGCAAUCGAUUCUAAAAGCCAAAAUUAAAAUUUACUUAGUUUUAAGGUGCCAUUUCUACAAGUCUUAUAUCGUGUACCGCACACUUUUAUGUCCGUGAGUACUAAUAGUAAAAACAGUUCAAAAAUAAAAGAAUAUUAAAUAGAAACAAAUUUAAUAAAAUAUGUUUAAACAGGAAAUUUUUUAAUAAUUUGUUUGUAAAGUAACAGUAAAUAAAAAUACAAAAUUAUUAAUUUAACAAUUAAAAGAGCUA